GCAACUUCUGUCUCUCUGCUGAGAGCAGCUUCUUUCCGCAUCUCGAAUGCAUCCAAGGCUGAGCUUCCCCAGGUCGCAGCUCUAACUGCUCAGUCUCUGCUUUCUUGCAAGGACAUUUUCACCCAGCCCGAUCUCGCUAAUCAAAAGGACUCGGAUGCUGCGCUUGCUCUUCACAGAUUCAACACUCAGAUCAACACAUUGCUUGGAGACCGUCAUGUUGAGGGACGCUGGGCUGCUGUAGUCCUCAUCAAAGCAGCCAUCGAGGCUGGAGGCUGGGAAACUCUCAAAAAGUCCAUUGCCUGGGCCCGCGGUCUUCUGAUCCUCCUCAAGAAACCCGACCCUCCUCUUUUGAAAUGUCUGACCAUUGUUACUCUGACCCGCAUCUUCAUGCUCACCUGGGAAUUCCCAACUCUGAUCAGAGAGAUCACUACUCCUUCCAUGCCAACUUUUGUGUCUACCUGUCUGAACAACCUUGCCUCGCGCCAACCCACGCCUCAAGAGUUGAAGGCUACCCUGGAAUGUUUUGCUCAACUUCUGCCUCGCCACCCUACCAUAUUCCGUCAACAUCAGGAUGCCGUCGCGAAGGCUUUGACCACCGUCUUCGAGAACAAGGCUUCAGGUGACUAUAUUGUGGACCUUGCUUCUCGUGUCUCUGUUUUGCUUCACCAAUGCGAGCCAAAGAACGGUGCCAGCGACAAAUGGGAAGCUAGUCUGAUCGCCAAUCUCCACAAUGCUCAUGCCAUGGCUGAUAGAACUUUCAUGAGCAUCGAGGAAGACUGGCAGUCUGUCACCGGCACCCAGUUUAUCAACAAGAACAUCUUGUCUGAAUCGUACUCCAGAGCUCAGGAAGCUAGCACCCCCGCAGAUGGUCCGGUAACCCAGUUCGUCACUGCUGGCUACCAAGGACUUAUGACCAAUCUUCGCUUACUCAGUGCUUACUUCGCUUCUGCAACAUCUGCUCCAGUUGUUGGUUCUGUCGGCGCUGUUGCAGAUCUGCUUACCAGACUCAUGUCCAACACCAUUUCCACCAGCUCGGCCAGAAGUACUAUCCGUUUCAAGCGUGACGCUGCAAGAGAAGAGCGCGAUGCUCUCACCGAAGUCCUUCCUCGCAUCCACGUCGCAUGCUUGGAAGUCCUGUCAAUAAUCCUAGACCGCUACGGCAACGCCAUCACUCCAGCUCUCCAGCCUUUCCUCGACCAAAUCAUGUGGAUCUUCCACGCUUCUUCCGCAAACGUCGAAGUCAGAACUGCCACUUACAUCGUCGGAAAGAAAAUCCUGGAUAUCUCAGGCCAAUCCCUAACCAAAGACCCCAUCGCCGCCCUCAAGAAAUACAUCACCGCAUGCUGCGAAGACAUCCUCCCCACCACCGAAGACAAAGACCCCCAAACCAGCAACGGCAACAAACAACAAUCAACCAUGAACGCCGACACUUUCCUGAAGCAAUCGUCUACAAAGCCAUCCGCAAAAACAGAACUUGCAGGCUUGAAAUCAGCAGCUUGGGAUUUACUCCCUACGCUGCUUGGCCAAUUGCCAGCUGAACACUGUUCAAUCGCUUUGCGCGCGACUAUGGACCGCACAGCAGUGCUUUCGCGCCACAAAGAUGCAGUGUUGGCGAGUACACUCAACCACACUUCCACCGCCAAAGCCGCCAGAAAGGGAAAUUCUCUGCUGCCCCUUCUUGCGCGCGAAUACGCCAGCGAUGCAUCCGUAGAAGCUCUUCUACGUCCUCGCAUGCCCAUUCUCCAAACAGGACGCAAAGCAACGGCCGCAGAGACUGAGACUGAAGCCAUGGACGAGGACGAAGACUCUGCUUCCGAGGCAGAAGACGAAGAAGAAGAUGACGUUACCGCCGCUGCUGCCUCCGAAGUCCCCGAGGACGCUGCCUCAUCAACACACGUCUCCAGCAACAAAGACGUCGCCGAUAAAGAGCAAGAACUGGUCAACUGGGCACUAAACGAAUACGUCUCUUCCAAGAACGCUUCCAAAGACAGUGAUGCCGAAGCUAUGGAAGACGCCACCCAAGGAAACAGAGCUAAAAGACAAAGAGAAGAUGAUGAAGUGAAGGCAGUGGAUAAGAGACAGAAGAGUAUUGAGCCACAGGUCACUGCUGCUGCUGCUGCUGCUGCUGCAGAGGAUAGCGAUGAUGAUGAUGAUGAAUUCGUGGUUCCGGAGAUUGUUAUGGGGGAGAGUGAUGAUGAGGAUGAGUAA